UGUAACGGUGGAACUACAGGACUGAACGGUCCCAUGCCCGCAGUUUCUGAAUCUCUGUCCCGGAGCAGUCGACCUCUGGUCUCCGGUUCUCUGCCUGCGACUCCGCCUCUCUCAGCUCCAGCACAUGAGCGACCGUCUCCCCCGCCAGGCUGCCGCCACCCCGAAGCCCCUUCCAGCCCCAGCCCGUACAGCCUCCCCCCGCAGCCCUUCCGCUGAAAACCGGACUCCACUCGGCUGCCCCGACCCGAACCCGCGGUUCUCUCACGCUGAACGGUCGCUACAAAGAAAGAAGAAAAAAAAAAAGUUGGGAAAAUUAAAAUAGGAAGGAGAAGUUUUUCCUCUUUUCGCCCCCAGUUCCGUGGCCCCGCGGCGGGGCAGGACAGCUCGGACAGGCCGGGGGGAGGCGGACAGGAGACCGUACGAUGUGGAUCUGGUACCUGCUGCUUGGUUCCGGCUCGAGAACAGUUGAGAGCCAGCUGCUUCCAGGGAAUAACUUCACCACAGAGUGCAACAUCCCUGGAAACUUCAUGUGUGGAGAUGGGAAGUGCGUCCCCGGUGGGUGGCAGUGUGACGGAUUGCCCGACUGCUUUGACAAGAGCGAUGAGAAGGGCUGUCCUAAAGUCAAGUCAAAGUGCGCUCCAACGUUCUUUGCCUGCGCUAAUGGCGUCCACUGCAUCAUUGGCCGCUUCCGUUGUAACGGCUUCAGCGACUGUCCUGAUGGGAGUGACGAGGAGAACUGCACAGGCAACCCACUGGUGUGCUCAGAGUCUCGCUUCAAGUGUCGAAACGGUCGCUGUGUUGACCGCAGCUUCUUGUGUAACGGCCAGGACAACUGCCAGGACAACAGUGAUGAGGAGCUCUGCCUGACUACAGCAGAAGCCCCUGGCCAGGACUUCGUGACACUAGACUACCGUCUGCGCUACUACCCCAGCAUCACUUACGCCGUCAUCGGCAGCGCCGUCAUCUUCGUCCUGGUGGUGGCUUUGCUGGCCUUGGUGCUCCACCACCAGAGGAAGCGUAGCGUCCUGCUGCCCAGAGGUGUGAGAGGAAGCUCACAUCAUCACCACCACCACCAGCCCCUUCUGCUGUCCCGUCUGGUCAUCUUGGACCGAGGCCACAUCCAUCCUGGAGGUCCUGGUCUCUCCCCCGGCUCACCAACCACAGCAAGCCAGUGCAGCUCAACUACACAAGCCCUGCAGCUGCUUUCAGGGACUCUGUAUCCCUCCGGACUCUCCAUGGACUCACCUCCAUCAUACUCUCAAGCUGUUCUGGAUGUCAGUCGGCCUCCAUGGUUUGAUCUCCCUCCUCCUCCGUACCUCCCUGAUAGGGAACUUCCAUCAGCAGACGAGCUGCCACAGUACGAGGCCCCACGAGACCCUUUGAGCCACCAACCAGCGCGUCCCACUGCACCCUCCACACCUCGAACUGUGGCCUCGGGCUCACAGCCGAGCUCGAGCUCCAGAGAAGAGUCGGAGCAGCUGUAGCCCCCCCUUUAGUGAACUGAUAAUAUUUGGGACUUCGAGACUGCAGGACUGAAGGACCAGGCUGCAGGGUCACUCGAGGCCAGGACAGGCCACAACAAAGACCUGCUGAGGAUCAUUCAACAGGGACCGAGAGACUAAACAGCAUCGUUAACUCGCCUCACACUCGUCGGCUGAGUGAAGCACUGGACUGAGAUAAGCCUCUCCUGUUGACUGAUCCUGUGUGUUGGCUCACCCUGCUGGGGUCGUGGCCGCACUGCACCUCAAUCAGUUACAGAUUCAGUUAUUUGUCAUCAGUUCAGUGCAGGUGAAUUGUGCUCGCCUUGAAGAACUGUGUACAAUACAUAGUAAAUGGAGCAAAUUUCCAGUCAUUAACACAACAUAUAUAAUGCGAGCAAAGAGUGGCAGCACCUGAAAUGAUCAUAAUGUAACAGUAUAAUCCGGUUAGAGUGGUGUUAUUCCUCUCAGUGUUAGCACUUGCAGAGCUGAAUGGAAAUCAUGCAGCAUUUUUGAAAUACUCUUUACGCUACUUUACAUUUCACAUCUACAAUAUUUUCCAUUGUUAGGUUUAUAAGAGAUUUUCGAUUGUGUCCAAAUUGUAAAAUAGCUGAAUACUAGAUAACAAGACGAGGUCAAAACUGGACUGUAUGUGGUCAGUGUGAAAAAUUGGAGAAGUAGCUGAAAACUGUUGUGGAACCAUAAAACACCAAUUUGCAUUAAUCUGUAUUUGCAUUUUGUGUAUAUUGUCAGCUGUUUUCAGCCCUUCAUCUGUUUGAACAUCAGCUUGAUCGGAUAUUACAAAGACUUUGUACCGUGGAGCUGCCAGAGCUAAGUCUGUAUUAUGCCCAGUUCAACUGAUCAGACAUUCGUGCUCAUCUAUACGGCUCAUCCAGGUAGAAAAGAUCAAAGUUUUGUGAUAAAUCUUUGCUGUUUUGCGUCACUUUACUUUGAUGAAUUACCGUUGUUGGCUCACUGUAACUGAAGUUGAUUUAAGUUUUCAGAUUUAUCCGAAUUCAAGAUGGAACAAUGAUGACAUUACUAUUAAGACUUUAUUGUGAUACACAAUAGCAGCCCAGUCAGCUACUCCACAUUUUUACUUCAUUGAUGAACUGAUAAAUUUGGCCUGUAAAAACUGUUUUAUAUAUUUUUUGUGGUACUCCAAAUAAGAGAUAUUUCUUUUAGAUCAGUGUUUUUUGUGUUUAUUUUUUUUCACAAUAUUACUUGUUGUCAUUUGGUUAAAUUCCAGCA